AUGGCCUCACUUGAUGAUACCAUAGAGACAGCAGCCCUGGGAAGACCAUUCCAGCUCGGGAUGCUGUAUGACUGCAGGAAGGACGCUCUUAUUCCAGGUACAACCUUAUGGGAUCAAGAGGAGGUGCAGAGGAACACAAGUGUGAAACAACAAAAUAAUACUGAAUUUAAGGUCACAACAUCAGAUACAAUUGAGGAGAAGUCAAAUUCAUUGAAGAUCUCUGGCUCUCUGAAACUAAGUCUCUUAGGAGGACUGGUGGAUGUGGGAGGAUCAGCUAAAUAUUUCAAAGACACAAAGAAAUCCAACAAACAAGCCCGUGUGACUCUUCAGUACAAAACAACCACAAAAUUUGAAACAUUAACAAUGUCUCACCUGGGUCGUGGGCAGGUGUCUCAUCCUAUUGUGUUUAAAGAUGACACUGCCACUCAUGUCGUCACGGCCAUCUUGUACGGAGCUGCUGACUUUGUGUUUGACAGAGAAUCAUCUUCAGAGGAUAAGAAGGAACAAGUGGAGGGGGAGGUUAACAUCACCUUCAAUAAACUGAAAUUCCUCACAGUAGAUGCUGAUGCCUCUUUAAACAUGGAUGAUACAGAAAAGACAGCAGUUGAGAAAUUUAGCUGCACAUUUCAUGGGGAUUUUAAGUUAGGCACCAACCCAACAUCCUUCAGUGAUGCUGUGAGAGUUUACACAGAUCUUCCAAACAUGCUGGGAGAGAAUGGAGAACAUGCUGUUCCACUCAGGGUGUGGCUGUACCCUCUGUGCAAGUUGGAUUCAAGAGCUGCAAGACUGGUAAGAGACAUCAGCAAUAACCUCAUCAGAUAUUCAUCAGACAUCAUAGAGAGUUUGACCAAGACAGAGAUGAGAUGCAGAGACAUACUGAAAGACACAGCAGCAGCAGCAUUUCCUGCCCUGGCAAUGAAGGUUCAGAAUUACAUGCAGAUGGGCCAUCAGUACAAGCUUGACCUCAUGCAGAAGCUCGGGUCAGUGCUUCCUUUAAUCCGAGGGGGUGGGAAAGAGGAGAGUGCUCUAUUAGACAUUCUGAAGGCACAUGAGAGUUCUCCAUUCAACAGCAAAGACCUGGAACAGUGGCUCAAAAAAAAGGGGAUACACUGA